CUUAGAUUUUAACCUGCAUACAACAGUCGGCUUGUGACCCAAAUGCAACUGCAACCGAACAACCAUGAUCACUUAUAACACACACACAAGGCAAACGACAGGUUACAUCGUUAUUGACUUACGCUGCUAGCAUAUUACGGCUCCCAACGAGAAGGGAUUACCUUUCUAUCCCGCGACAUUUUACUAUCCUGAUAAUGAAACAAGCGACAACAGCUGCUGCUGGAUAUGAAACGCUAACAGAAAAGGCUUCUCGUGCUGUUGCGGAUGGGAGGGAGCGCCGUGUCUACACCGCAUUGGCAAAGGCAGGGUCCAAGCAUGCUUGGGUCGCGACGGAGUUUCCCGCCGCUGACUUCACGAACAGAUCUGCCUCCCCGAAGCAACUGAGUCCAUCAGCUCUGGAGAACAGGCAGCGGGCCGGGCGCUACUCCGCUGGCUUCAAAGCCAAACUCCAAGAGCAGUUAGCCGAGGAACGUUCACGGCUACAGGAACGGCUACAACGGCUCGCGUCAUCAUGCCAGGAAAAGCUUACGCUGCAUACCAUGUUACCGGAGCAGUAUCAGCAACACCAGCAGCAGCAAAAGGCCGCCACCGCUACCAGCCAAACGCACCCACAGCUGUGCUCCAAGCAAGCAGGGAGCUUCCCCAGCACUCCGUCCGCCUCCGCCGCAAGCACUACAGACUCCGUAACUCGCACCGAGAGGCGCCCAGCCACACCACCCACCCUGGCACGAGAUCAACAACAGCAACAACCACUGCCACAACAUGCUGCGACCACGACCUUUUCCCAGCCGUCUCCGUAUGGCAGCCGGCAGCAACCACAACCGCAAAGGGAGCAGGAACAGCCGAACCGGUCGACUGGGACGAACGAGCAGCCGACGCCCCGGACCACAAUCCCGAACGACAGCAGGGCCCCCCGCAUGGGGGCUCGUAGGAGGCUAAGCUACGAUAGCGCAGCUCCCGGUGCCUCUGCUGGUGGCCGCCCCGCUACCACCACUGCUGGUGCUGCUGCCACCGCCACUCCUCCGCCGUCCGGAUCUCCGUAUAGGGCUCCCAGCAGGGGGGCGCCAUCAGGUUCGCGGACCAACGAGCGACCGCACAGCGCCUCUCCUCCCGCUGCAGCGGCAGGCAAACCGGACCUCCGCAACCGCAGCAGCACCAGCAGCCGUAGCAACGCCAGCAGCCGCAGCAACACCAGCAACACAGCCAGCCUCCUCACUCCUACCUCUUCCCCCACCGCCACCAACAACACCAACGCUGCUACGGCGGCGACGGCGGUUCCAGGGGUUUCGGAGGCUUCUGGAGGCGUACAGCGGGGUCCGGAGCCGCUUGAGCUGCUUGUGGGCAGCUCGCUGAGGAAGAUGACGUUUGCGGGCCACCGCUCCAGUCAGGGCCCCCACCCGCAGCCGUACGACAUGUACGAUGAUGAUGACGCCUACGCCGCAUCACACGUGUCGCACAGGGAGCGGUUGCGGGCGGGUGUUGCCGAACUGAGUGCCGGGCUGCAUGCCAGCUGGAGGGCACUGCUGGCGAGCGGAGCCGUGUAGAGCACCGGGAGAUGUCGUGGUGACGUGGAGGGGUUAACGGGGGGAUGAAAGAGGAAACAAAUAACUGACCGUGUGAUAAGGCGUAAUCAUUGUUUGCUACAUGUGGGCCAGCCCGAGGAGGGGGAAGCAGCAACUGCUGUGGAAGCAGCGAUGCAGGGGUUGCGGAUGCUGCGGAGGAUGAGGCAUCGGCAGGCUGCGUAACGGAGGCGCUGAUGCUGGAUUUGCUGUGUUACCAUUGUCGUACGAGUGCAGGGUCAACCAAUGCGCUUGUUACGGAGUCUUUUAAGCGUUUCUUCUUCUUCUUGCGUGUAUGUGCGUUAUAGGUUUCUUCGUAGGCUUUAUUAUCUGCUUUUUGGCUGUAGCAACACGUUAUGUUGCCCUUGCGUUUUUCUUCUGGUGUUCCCUAUGGUAUUAUUCAUAGUUAUGGUGUUUACCGGUAUUAGCCACAUUCAUUUACUGUGUGUUCCUUUUUCCGAAACGGGGGCUUCAUUCCCUUUUGAUUCUUGAUUACGCACUUAGACCUCCGCGCUACUAAUACCAUGUAUAUAACGUACAGUAACCCUAGCACGCUUUUCUAAUCUAUGCUAUCAAACACGCCUUAUACGCAACCAAAAAGUGGACUAUUGGAUCACUUGGAUGGAGCAGUGUUUCCCUUUUUUAGCUUGUAUUCCCCGCAAGUUCGCAACCCUUGCAACCGUUGGAUGGCCCGUGGGUCGGCCUUGAUGUACAACCCCGGUGUGCACUUACGCCUGCACACACACACGCUCACGUUAGCCCUUGAUUGUAGUUCGGUACGGG